UCAGGGAUGAAGACGGGAUCAACGUACGACACUCAGGAAAACUGACAAGCCGUCGCCUUUACUCCACAGCACAGGCAAGUUGACGUAAAGAGGACAAGAAACUACGUUUGCAACAGAGGAGGUCAGAAGAAGAUAAAUGCACCGACAUCUUGUGGGAGUGAUACCCCGAUUCAGCCAAACAAAUGGCGUCGCAAGAGAGCCAUCUGACAGCCACGCUCCUGACCUCCAUCCUGGCAGCGGUGCUCGGCUCGCUGCAGAUUGGCUACCACACCGGCAACGUCAACGCUCCGGCCAAGAUCAUCGAAGAGUUUUUCAACCACACCUGGAGAGCCAGGCACAACCAGUCGAUGCCAGAUCACAGCCUGACCCUCCUGUGGUCGCUCUCUGUCAGCAUUAAAGACUUUGGAGCUUUGUUGGGCUCGCUGGGAGUCAAAUACCUGGCAGAUUCUUAUGGAAGACGUAACUCCAUCCUAAUAGUGAACUGUCUGUCUGUGGUGGGAGCGUGUCUGAUGUCCGCCUCCAAAUCCAGCAAGUCCUUUGAGGUUCUCAUCCUGGGACGCUUGGUGUUCGGUCUCUUCUGCGGCCUAGUGAUGAGUCUUAAUCCGCUCUACAUCCAGGAAGUGUCCCCUACAAACCUGAGGGGGGCCUUCGCCACCCUCAACCAGGUGUCCUUUGCCUCCGGCAUCCUGCUGGGAAUGGUGGCUGGUCUGGAGACAGUGUUGGGUACGGAGCAGUACUGGGCCCUGAUGUUGUCCCUGUCGGUCAUUCCGGCCCUGACCCAGUACCUGGUGCUGCCUUUCUGCCCCGAGAGCCCUCGCUACCUGCUCAUUAACCAGGGAGAGGAGAGCAAAGCAGAGGCAGCCCUGCUGAGGCUGAGAGGCAGCUCGGACAAGGUGUUUUCUGAGCUGGAAGAGAUGAAGGAAGAGGCCGCCCACUCUCAGAGCGGUGUCACCAUCCACCAGUUCUUCAAGAAGCGCAGAUACAAGCAGCCCAUCAUUAUCGUCCUCAUCAUCAACUUGGGCAGCCAGCUGUCCGGAUUUAACGCGAUCAUUAAUUAUUCCACCAGAAUGUUCCAGGCCAAGUUUGAUCAGGCCAAAUACCUGACUCUGGGCGUGGGGGCAGUCAACGUGAUAUUCACUCUGGUGGCAUUCUUCCUGAUGGAAAAGGCAGGAAGGAGGAGAUUGCUCCUGACUGGUUUCAUCUCUAUAGCAGUGUGCAACUUACUUAUGACCAUAGUGGAUUCUGUCCUGCACCUGGUCCCAGAGCUGCGGAGCCUGCAGGUCCUGCUGGUUUUCUGCCUGAUUUCAGCCUACGAGCUGGGCCCGGGCCCCAUCUCAUGGUUCAUCGCUGCCGAGCUGUUCGACCAGCCUGGCCGACCCAUCGCUAUGGCCUUCACCAGCAUGCUCAACUGGGGAGGGAAAUUUGUUCUGGCGCUCCUCUUCCCUCCUUUACUGAAACUCUGCGGUGAGUACAUCUACCUCUUCUUCAUGGCUGUGGCUCUGGCCGCCUUCUCCUUCACCUGGAUUCGCCUCCCAGAGACAAAAGGCCGUACAUUCGAUGACAUCGCAGAGGAGUUCAGAGGAGCUGAGGGCAUUCCUUUGCACAAUAACAUUGGAUUCAACACUUUCACCUGACGCACCUUUCACCCAUUACUGAAGCUGGUCUUGGUCAUACUGUUAAAAAGGUCCAUUUACCCGAUUUACCAACAGUUUUUUUAAUCAAAUGUUAGUACGUAAGGUGUAACCUCAAAUACUUGUGUUUCUACUACAACAUGUUCACAUGCUUUUAUGUUCCAAAAACCUUUUUCCUCAUACUGCUAGACCUGUAUUCACUCUCUUUCUUAGAAGCUCUGUUGGAGCGCCUGUCUUUUCAAGCCCCCCUUCCAAAAAAGCCCAGUCUGCUCUAGUUGGUCACCGUUUUUGCAUCUCUGCUCAUGUUGAUGUCUCAGUACAUUCGGUGUCAGGCUGCAACAAAGUAUACAGCAGGACUUUGUACCGUGAAAAUACGCUUCUAAACCAAAUACUACACAACCGGACACGUUUCAGCAGUAAUGUGACCUGAAAUUUGGGAGAAAUAAACAACAUUGGCAGGCAAGAUUCCAGGUUUUCCUGGCGUUGUAUGUAGCAUGUAGCUACUAUAGCUAGCAGUGGACAGUAACAGAACACGGCAGCAUGUUCAACUUCGAUCAUAGAUAAAAGGCUUUUAAAGCUUUAGUGCAUAACUUUUUGA